AUUGGACGCGGGUCUUUUGAUAGGCUCGUUACAAUCUAGCAAAAAGUAUGUGAAAAUAGUCGCUCCGCAGUACUGAUAAACUAUGGAUUCACAGUGGGAAGCACUUUUCAAUUAUUCGGGCUCUACUCCUGAUCACCCAUACCUUCCUAACGUUUCUAAACCGGUCUACAUAUUGGGAUGUAAAUACGACUCGAAAGAUGAGAAGGAGGAAAUCGCUUGCCAUUUGAAAUCUCGAUUAUGGAUGACUUACAGAAAGGGUUUCUCUCCAAUCGGCAGUCGAAAUGGUCCUAAGUCAGAUGCAGGCUGGGGUUGUAUGCAUCGCUGUGGACAGAUGAUUCUUGCUGAGGCCAUGUUAAGAUUCCAUCUUGGACGAACCUGGAAAUGGAGUUCUGAUCAAGAAAAUCCUGAAUAUUAUCGUAUUUUGCAAAUGUUUCAGGAUCGUCGAUCUGCACUUUACUCUAUUCAAACUAUAACUCUAACUGGUGUAUCAGUUGGAAAAUCCAUUGGAAGUUGGUUUGGUCCAAAUACCGUUGCACAAGUAAUCAAGAAGCUAUCUGUGUACGACCGUUGGACAAACCUUUUUGUUCAUAUUUCUGUAGAGGACGGGAUUAUCAUUGAUGAAAUCAAAUCUUUAUGCUGUCAACGUCGAUCUUAUUUCAACCUUAAUAAUUAUGAUUCAACUCAAAGUAAAAAUAAAUGUGAGUGUAGUGAGUCAACAAAUCUUGCUACUGAUGAGAAUAAAACUGAUGCUGGAGAAGAAUCGGAUUCUUCAACAUCCUCAUAUAGUUGUCCAUUUGUUCAAAAUGUUGGAGAAUUGAAUCAGAGUUGCGACUGGAAUAAAGAAGCCCUUCAUAGACGUAACUACGAUUCAGAUUUAGUUGAUUUACAGUCUCAACUCCAGUUACCAGUUACCAGAGAAAUUGAUGACUGUUGCAUCGAAAUAGUCCUGCCGCCAACCUUUACAAAUCCAACGGCUGCUAGUCAAUCAGAUGAGUCAAACGUUUUAUCGACACCAACUAUAUCUAACUCCUGUUCAUCGCCGAGUUAUGAGAAUAACAAAACGUCUAUUCGUGAUGAUGGUCAUACUGAUGAUCAUUCCAAAGAUGACCAAGUGAAUAUGGAAGAAGCAAAUCAACAUGACGGUAGUAAUGACAACGAAGUAGCUGCACAACCUUCGCCAUCUUCAUUUACUUCGUCUUCAUCCAGCUGGAGACCUUUGCUGUUGUUUGUCCCUCUCAGACUUGGAUUACACAACCCUAAUCCGUGUUACUUCAGUGCGAUCAAGGCUGUGUUCUGUUUGCCCCACUGUAUUGGGAUUUUGGGCGGAUCACCUUGUCAUGCUGUAUGGAUUGUUGGUGUUGUUGGAGAUGAUGUGAUCUGUUUAGAUCCACAUACUACUCAAUCUGCAGGUCGAGGUAAUUUGAAACCAGAAUAUGAUCAGACAUAUCAUUGUGAAAAUCCCAUACGCAUGCCACUUAAACGGUUGGAUCCAAGUAUGGUAUUGGGGUUUUUAUGUUCAACCGAAAAAGAAUUCGAUGAUUUAUGCUGUGAUCUGAAGCAGGAAGUUCUACAUCCUUCGGUGGCUAGUUCAUGGCCUUUAAUGGAGAUUCAUGCAACGCGUCCAGCUAAUUUACCUCCACUUCCAUCAUCGAGCGCAUCAAAUGAUCUUUUGGUUUCUGUAUACACCUCAGAUGCUAACGGGAUCGAUAAGAAUUCUGGGUAUUUGAGCGACAGCGCUGCGAAAAACCAAAUAAAUGCAGAUACAGAACUUGAAGGUAAAUUGAGUGAAGCUGUGGGUGCUGUAAAAACUCUUUGGUCUAAAUGUAAUCAAGUGGCUGGUGAUACUGUUCGCAGUUUGGCUAGUGUACCACACAGGCUUGUUAAAGGUUCUGAGUACGAGGUAGUUUGAAGUCCAAAAAGUACGUAAACAAUAAAUACACAUUUGAUUUGUGAUCCAGUUGGAUUCCAUUUCUUUUUCUUAUUUUUGGAAAUACAGGUCAUGAUUUAUCAGAAAAACUCUAUUCUAGUGAAUGAUAACCUUUAAAAGUAGAAUCUGGGAAAGAGCUGCGUACAUAAAUUUACUUCUAUACUGAAAACAGAUGUUGAUAUUCUAGAUUAUCAUUACUAUUGCUCACUGUUACAGUUAUUAUUAUUAUUAUUAAUUUCGUUGUUAUAAUUAUCGUCUUUCUUGUCUAUGAUCCCAAUUCCAGCCUCUUCCCCUUCCCACUAACUUCCGUUACACAUAUUGAACUUAUUUGUUGACAAGUUUUCUAAAAUAUCUCAACUGUGAUGUCAGUCUUUUGUGUUUAUUUGUUUGUUUUCGCCAUUGUUAUUGUCGUUGUAAAAUCUUCCUUUUCAUAAUCACUCUUGAAAUUGAAAGAAGAGGAUUAACUUCUAAUACUUGUCGCCUGGCUUUCUCAUCCCUUUUUUAUGUGUUUACUGUUACAGGAUGAGAUAGGUUUUUUUUUAGAAAAAAGUUUAAUUAGUGAAGUCUUUUGUUUUCGCUACAGUACAAAAAAUAUUGGCUCCGCUGACAAUGUCCUUUUGUCCACAUACAAACAGUGUGAUGAUGAGAUUUCUACUAUUAUUAUUAUCUGUUACCAUUAUGAUUAUUGUUAUUACCAUUAUUUCAUACUCAUACAUAAUGACUUCAAAAAGUGAGCUGGAUGCCUCACGUAAAUUGCUGACUCUGUACCUCAUAAUAACAGUAUUCUUUUUUGACUGUAACCAUUUGAAUUUCCCCAUCAAAAUGUUUUUUUCUUACUCAUCGAAAGCAUACACUUGAGUUUCGAUACACAGAUAUAUGACAAUUAUGAAGGUAUACAACAGAUGUAAGGAAUAAAUACAUACAUAUACAUGACAGGACUCGGCACAC